AUGCACCUCCCGCACCUCCUCCUCCUAAGCGCCACGCUCCUCGCGUCGUCGACUACCGCCUGCAAAUUCAUCUUCUACAACGACGCGUCCAAAGAAGUCUUCCACGCCACCAAAUCCGGAUGCUACAACGUCGCCUCCAUCAGCACCAGCUCGUACUUUGGCAGCGGGUUCCAGUUUGCGGGGUUGGCGACGGAUACCAAGUGCGGCAAUGCGCUUGUGUUCCAGGCGGCCCAGGUUGGGAGUGGCGGGUUUGUGAUCGGAGGACUUGGGGGGAAGGCGAGUGAUGUGCAUAAGACGAGUUCGUUGCGUUUGACGUGUUAG